AUGACUUAUAAGGUAGCUCGAGAAGCGUGGAGAUGGGCUGACCACUUCGUACUAUCAAGCGACAAUGCCCUGAAUGGGCAGAGGAAGGUUGAUGAAAACACGCCUGAGAUGUCGUUGAGACUUGUGGUGCCAACUACGAGGAUCCAAGUGGUGCAACACAACUGUCAUGGCUCCAUUGAAAGAGGACACCAAAGUGUCGUCCGCGCUAACCAGAGAGUAAAACACGACUGCUAUUGGAUCGAUUUCUACGCGGAUAUGGAGACACACGUGAAACCAUACCUGGACUCCAGCUCAAGCAAUACCCUGACGCAGCUCAAAGGCUACUCCCCUGGCAAUUACUCGUUUACUGGGUUUGUAAUCACUAAAGCGAUGUCUGGCACCGAUGCACUGACUGUGACCAAGGUGUUCGAAGAAUGCACCUACAGACGAUUUGGUGCUCCAUCUAUUAUUCGUCACCACCGUGAACGCGCUUCAUGA